CUCUUCCGGGUUUGAACUGAAAGGUCAAGACGCUUGGCAAUAAAUGUUCAAAUACGUCCAAAGUUGCCUAGUCAGAGGAGGAUGGAGCCUAUAAUGAGAUUACAGUAGUUUAAGGACAAUUUGAGAUUUUGUUAUCCUGGCUUUACACAAAAAUCGAACUAAGUUUUCAGACAACUGUCAAACAUUCAGAAACGCUUAUCUCUGCUAGAGUUCGCUAGCUAGCUAGCUGGUGAGUGGCUAGUUUAGCAGAAGUGAACUAUCUUGAAGAAAACAAUGGAGAGCAAGGACAAAGUACAAAUGAGGACUCACCCACGCAGGUAAUGUCUCAGGACUAUCUAAAUGGGCUGCAGAAGCGUGUUUCUCUAGUUUGAAUAUACUGUUAGCCUGUUAGUGUUGGGUUGCUACUGGAUAAGUAAGCUAGCAUGCUAACGUUAGCUAGCUAGCAUCAUCCAGCAGAGAUCCACUAUCAAGCUCUAACGCGUUAGCUACCAACUAUCUUAACUUUAACUAAAGCUAGCUAGUUACCUAUCACGCAUAUUUUAUAACAUUUUCAAUGAUUUGGCUAAUGCUGUUAGCUAGCUACUGCUGUACAUAGGCUAGCAAGUAUGUUGACAACCACAUAGGCCAACAUUAUUGGACAUAACACAUGUACUCUGUACAGUACUUUAUAUAGUUUGAACUACACUUGGGGAGGAUAAAUUAUUCAUGCAAAAUUAGGUUGUGGAACAACAUUGUUUGACAAUUCCGACAAAUGUAAAUUGGUAACAAAUUAUGAGGCAGCAUUAUGAUUGACACAUUGUUAUUAGGAGGCCCCUGCAGUCAUACAAUGCUUGUAUCUCUUCAUUGUCAUUUCCUCUGUUUUCUCUGACCAAGCAUUUACAUCACAGGUGUCAGUCAUUCCACGGAGGGCUGAGUGUCUGCAGGUUUUCGCUCCUCCCUUGUACUUGAUUGAUGAAUUAAGGUUGUUAAUUAGGAAGGAACUCCCCUCACCUGGUUGUCUAGGGCAUAAUUGAAAGGAAAAAAACAACCUGCAUACACUAGGCCCUCAAUGGAAUGAGUUUGACAUCCCUGAUUUGCGUUGACAAUUUAAGAAGUUAAUGUCCACUUCAGUAUGCUCGUGUCUAGGCCUAUUUGUUUUAAAAACCCAUGCCUGUCUUUACUGUUCCACUGUAUCUUGUGUCCUUAUGAAACCUGAUUGAGGCCAAUACUGACAGCUCCAAUGUUGCUUAUCAAAUUGCAUUUACAGGAUUCUGUUGUCAUAAAUAGAAUUCAUAUGACAGUUUCCGAUUUUGUGUUGGAUCUGUUUGUCAUGGAGCCCUGGAGGCUCUGUUUUUAGAUCGGUACAUUACAGUGCCAGUGAGUUCAGAGAACAUUUUACUCCACUGCUAACACUGGCAUGUUUUAGGUCCUAAACCUAUUUAAAAUCAGAGUUGCUUUAAGUAGGACUCACUCACAAGGUUUCCUAAACCCACUUUCCCUUUCCACCCUACAGGCAGUUAAAGAAGCUCAGUGAAGACAGUUUAACCAAGCAGCCAGAAGAAGUCUUUGAUGUGCUGGAGAAACUUGGCGAAGGGUGAGUCCUGCAUGUGUUUUUAUUAUGGACAGCUGAAGCUAAAACGCCUGGCUAUCCCUCUCUGACUUACACUACACUCAAGGAAGAAGCGUGACAUAACAGCAUGACAUAAGUGUCACUCAUGCAGUAAGCCCCUCCCUCCGCCUGUCCUAAACACUUCUUCCUCAUUUCCUGUUAAUCAACUUCCUGCUAGCGUGUCUGAGAUUGACAUGCUCUCUGGCAUUGCGUCAUGACUGACAGCUGAUGGGUGUAUAAGUAAGUUGUGCUGCGCUAGUCACCUGUAUUGCUCCUUAUUGAUAUGCCUAUUUCAAGCAUUUAUAAAAUGUACUUACUGUGCUAGAAUAAGACUACAUUCAUUAAUCGAUUUACCUCUCAAACUAACCAUGUAGGCCCUAUGACCACAACUUUCUCACUGUGAACCCAAGGCAUGUCACAAGUCGACUCAUUGAGUAGUAGCCAAGGUACCUUAUUUUUUUUCACACCUGUUUUCUAUGCAGGUCCUAUGGCAGUGUCUUUAAGGCCAACUACAAAGAGACGGGGGAGAUUGUGGCCAUCAAACAGGUCCCUGUGGAGUCCGACCUGCAGGAGAUCAUCAAAGAGAUCUCCAUCAUGCAGCAGUGUAACAGGUGAGGCACCCUCCACUCAACCUCCUCUGGUUGCCUGACUUCCCUCUGUGUCGCCAGAUUAAAUCAUCUCUUGCUAUGUUUGUAACAUUAUUUGUGACCUGAAGAAGGUUAGAAAACAUGGUUUUGCAUUCUAAACGUAUGAUUAGUCUGAUAUAGACAACAAGGUACCAGAAGUAGGCUAAAUGCUCAUAAGGCUCUUUUGCAUCCUCAGUCCCCAUGUUGUGAAGUACUAUGGCAGUUAUUUUAAGAACAGCGACCUAUGGAUUGUAAUGGAGUACUGCGGAGCUGGCUCGGUCUCUGACAUCAUUCGUCUACGCAACAAAACGGUAACAUGCUACAUGAAACACGUUAAAUCUGACUGAAUAUUAAGGGUGAUAUAUGCUGUGUGUGUGUAACAACGCCUUCGUACCCUAAACUUGUAAUGGGAUAUUUUGAAAUGUUUAUCAGAAUGUGGCAAUUAUUUAUGCAGAUUUAAAGUAAACAUUACAAAAAUGUAUUAACUGUUUUGUAUACAUUUCUGCUUGCUGUACAUUUCAAUAUUGUUGUUUUGUGCAAUCAGUAGUGGAAAUAAGUAAAAUUGUCUCACACUAGCUAGGUUUCCAUUCAAUUGGUGAAAGAUUUUCAUGCGAGUAUUCUAAAAUCCACAUGAAGAAAAUUAGCGCAUUUUCCCACCAGGGGUGUUUCCACCAAACAGACUUGUUGCAAAUAAAAAGCAGUGCAUGACGACGCCAUAUCUCGCAUAAUACAUUUUACUGACCCAAAAACAUCCCAUCAUGUCGAACGAACAAAUGAUCUGUCGGCAUUUAUACAUUGUACCGAAACUUCCUGUUUCCAUCACAGCUGUCGUGAUUUGUAUUUUUUAAUAAGCUAUGACUUUACUCGCAUAAAAACUGUGGAUGGAAACGUGGUUAGUGUCUUUUCCCUCACGUGUCUUGUAGCUAACAGAGGAUGAGAUCGCCACCAUAGUGCAGUCCACUUUGAAGGGACUGGAGUACCUGCAUUUUAUGAGGAAGAUCCACAGAGACAUCAAGGCAGGGAACAUCCUGCUCAACGCAGAGGGCCAGGCCAAGCUGGCUGACUUUGGGGUAGCGGGACAGCUGACGGUAAGGGAUUCACCAGCUAACGGCUGGUGCAGAUCAUUGAGUCAUAAGUUAAUGAGAUGAGACUGUUUUAGAUGAACGUUUGAUCUAGAACAGGGGUGUCAAGCUCAAUUCCUGGAGGGCUUAGUGUCUUUGGGUUUUUGCUCCUCCCUUGUACUUGUUUGAUAAAUUAAGAUCAGUAAGGAACUCCCCUCACCUGGUUGGCUAGGUCUUAAUUGGACAUGAAUUGAAAGGAAAUAACAAAAACCAGCUGACACGGUCCUUCAGGAAUUAUGUUAGGCACCUCUGAUCUAGGAUGUUGAUUUAACUCCUUGGUUUGAUAGAUCUGAACUAUCUAAUAAUACCUGCCACAUUGACUGUUGGUGUCCCCUAAAAUUCACUAUGUCAAAUCUUGGGGAGAGGUUUAGAAACAAGACCGAUCCGCCCAACCAAUGAAAAUAGUUGUACAUUUAUUUGACCUCUUGCACGUGCUGAAAACUGUCUUGUCUAGUAGUCUCAUCAGCUGAUCCCUUUUUGAUCUGUACUGGACCCAGCCAAGGGAUGCUACUCUUCAACCAACUUUUUUUAUAUACCUUCAAAAUAUCAGUUUCGCCAUCUGGGCUGUACUGUGUAGUCCCUUUUUUUUUUAAAUGUUUUUUUUUCUCCGUCAUUUUUAGCAGACGCUCUUAUCCAGAGCGACUUACAGUUAGUGAGUGCAUACAUUAUUUUUUUAUUUUUCAUACUGGCCCCCCGUGGGAAUCGAACCCACAACCCUGGCGUUGCAAACGCCAUGCACUACCAACUGAGCUACAUUCCCUCCCCUACCCUGGACGACGCUGGGCCAAUUGUGCGCCGCCCCAUGGGUCUCCCGGUCGCGGCCGGCUACGACUUUUUAACAUCCUGCAUUAGAGUUAAUAUAGCUAAGUUGUUUGCGAGCAAUCCACGACUAACCAGGACAUCAUAACGUUUUCUAUAUAUCAUGUACAGAUGUCAUUCAUAUGUCAUGUCUACUACUUGUCUGUUCCUCAGGAUACCAUGGCCAAGCGGAACACAGUGAUUGGCACUCCUUUCUGGAUGGCCCCCGAGGUGAUACAAGAGAUUGGGUAUAACUGUGUGGCAGACAUCUGGUCCCUGGGCAUCACAGCCAUAGAGAUGGCAGAGGGAAAGCCUCCCUACGCAGACAUCCACCCUAUGAGGGUGAGCCUAUUUUUAAUGUGUACAGAUCUGGUUUUGUUAUUGACGGAACUUGUCAAAGACUUCUCAGGCUUGAACCCCUCUAAAACCAUUCUGAAUGCACUGGCAAAAACAGAGAGAACUUGAAAUGUGUGAUGUUGUGUUGUUAAAUUGUCCCAGUAUGUGACUUUGUCUAUUCUGUCAUGCUAUGUUGCUUUGUCAUAGGCCAUAUUUAUGAUUCCUACCAAUCCUCCACCGACUUUCCGAAACCCAGACUUAUGGUCGGAGCUCUUCCGAGACUUUGUCAUCCAGUGCCUGGUGAAGAACCCAGAGAACAGAGCCACUGCCACACAGCUUCUACAGGUAAAACAACCUAUCUCACUGACACUGUCUGCUUCCCAAAAGUAGUGCGCAAUCUAGGGAAUAGGGUGUCAUGGCACUGUCCCCAUACCAAAACGACCUUAUUCAGCCUAAUACUUCUGUUUCCCUCAGUCCCUAUCUUUAUCUCUCCCACUCAAUCUCUUCCUCUUUUUAUCUCUUUCUGUUAAUUUUCUCUUUCCUUCCAUCAUUUCUCUCUGGAUGACAUUUUCCUCUUGCAAAGAAACACGUUGCAUGAGCAAACUAACUGUAAUAUUUUAGAUGGGAUUGCACAUUAUCCGAGGCCACUCAUAGGGCUCUAAUUUCGGCUGGCUCGAAGGAGUUGCAAGUGUCAAACGCACGAUAGUUUGCAAUUUCGUAUUCUUAACUUUUACCAUGUAAAAACGGGUUUGACAAUUUACCUGUCUAACAUCCGCUCGCUUGCGCUGAGGUGGGAGGGGUGGAAACAUUUGAGGUGUGUCCUUAAAAACAAGCGCAAAAGUGACCGUUUCAUGCAGCGCUAAUGGGACGUUUUAAGACCCAUAAAAAGCAGGUAUUGACUAAACUGUCUUCCUAUAAUGCCAUAUCAAAGGCGAUGCAAUUUUUGUAUAUCUGCCUCUCACAUAGGCAAUAAUACAAUUGACAGGUGUUUUGUUUAGAUGUGCAAAUGUUACGCAUAAGGACAUUUAGGCCUACUUGUGCACAAAGUGCCAUGGAAUGAGAGAAGCGAUGAUAUGCUUCUGACCCCAUCCUAUUUAGAAAUAUUCUUGUUUAAAAAAAAAUAGAUGCUUUUUUUCAGUUUCAUAUCAAGCCCUCCAUAGGCUACCCUAGGCCUAGGCUACUAAGGCUGGUUCAACAGCAAAGCGUUGUCUUUCUUUAUCCUGGCCUUGCAAAGUAGCCAAUCCAUAAAAGGUGUUUAAAUGGUCUAUUUGUCAGAGUGCCUUGAAUUGAAAAUAUACUGCACAUCCUAAAACACACACACACAAAUAUGCCUACCUGCAUACUAUAUUUCAAUUGUUCAAGUGUAGGCCUGUGGCGGUCAUGUAAAUUUCUCAGCCGGUGAUUGUCAGGCAAUUAACUGCCGGUCUCACGGUAAUUGACCGUUAAUUAACAAACACAUUUAGCAUCUCCUGGAACAUCUACAUUUUGGAAGUCCAAUAAAUCCAUUAUUUAUUUUAGACAGGUCUAAAGAAACAUGAUAUGAAGAAAAUGUAGUCUAUUUGAGAAGAACAGCGCACUCUGCAUUGUCCUUAUGUUUGGCCCUGAUCUGGCUGUGCCAUAUGGCUGUGGGCUACACUAGUUCAUUUAGCAGACAAGAUUUGCUUAGAAUUCCAUGGCAUUAUUUUAUAGUAUGAAGAAUACAAUUGAACAAAGCUGAAUAAAAUAGAAAGGAUAUUUUCUCGAAAUGAGUUGAUGGAAACCAGUCCUCCUAUAUGCUUAAUUUAGAAUGAUUUAUGCAACUUUAGUUGUGAUACAAACAUUGGGCUAUAUGUUUUGAUUUAUAAUAUAUUCGAAGGCUACAUUAUGCGACUCUAAUGACGAUUUGAAAAAAGUAGCGUGAAAGGCAUGAGCUCUGCUUUGUUAUUUGCGCAGGCUGCACACACUUCAUCAGUCUCUCAUUCACAAUUUGACAAGCACUUGAUAAUGCCUCGAAUUACUCGGCUGCAUCCCCUUUGUGUGGCCGUAAUGCCCCCCACAAAAAAAAUCCAUGCCUUUUGCGGCCAUUGGCCGUUGUGCCCUUGGGCUGAAUAUAAUAAUAAUAAUUCCCUUCUCCCGGCUGCGUGCUCCGAAGCACCUCUCACUCACAUGGCUCGCUCAGAUAGCUCAAUUUUUAUAUUAGCCAAUGCCCGUCAUAUGAUUGGGUCUUUCUCACAGGCUACAAGUGAAGACUGACACAUCGGGGAUGCAACUGCACAUGUCCUUAUCCAGUUCCGAGGCGCAUAUCUAAGCAAUGAGGCUGAGGUAAAAGAUCAGAACGUUUAGCUUAAAAUGUUGAUAAACUAUUAGGCUAUUUCUUCACAUAAGCACAGCAAUGCGCACACUGCAGUAGGCUAUCAGCGCAAAUGCGAUUAUGCAUGUAAUGCUUUUAUUAUAUAGGUGCAUUUCUAUGGUAAAAAUGAUCUUCCCCAAACUUGAAACUCAUGCGCUGCGUAUGUAUGCCUUUUAGGCUCCACCCGUUGUAAAGCGGAUUAAUGUGCUUAAUUUUAAGAAGUUAUUUGGUUGGGAUACAAACCUUAUCAAAACAUAUAGGCCUAUGGGCUUGGCUACAUGAAAAAGUCAACAACAAAAAAAAGGCAUGCACUGUUUCCUGCCUUACUGCACACAAGCUGGCCAUCAUUCACAAGUGAUAGGCUAAUAUUGUCCCCCAUCACACUAUUCUUGAUUUACUCUUGUCUUUAUAUAUACUAAAUAAUAUAGGUGUGAAGUUUGUUUUGAUUCAGAAUGGACCAUUAUCAUGCACCUGUCUCGAAACGAGGGCAGGGGAAAAGAAUUUCAUCUAUGCACUUAAAUAGAGAAUGGAGGACGCUUUUCCCGUGGUUCAUUUUCUUUCUGGAUGUUUUUUUUACUGUAGCUUUUUCUCGUUACUGGAGCCUAUGCUAUUUAAUAAACUUGAGUAUCAAUCCACAAUGGACCAGGAAGAGAAUAUUCUGUGCACCCAGACGAAUUGGAGUUGAUGUCAACUCAAAGACUGUGAAUAACCUACAGAAGGCAUGCAGUAUUAAGCUCAUUAUUCAGACAGUGAAAAUAGCUAACACAUUUCUGACCCCCCCCCCCCCCCCCCGGAUCUAUAGCGCUACUGCCAGCGCUUAGAUCUACCAUUGGUUAGGCUUGUUAACCUUUUACUGCAGUGGACUAACACAAUAAAAUAACAAUAUCGAGGCUAUAUACAGGGGGUACCGGUACCGAGUCAAUGUGCGGGGGUACAGGUUAGUUAAGGUAAUUUGUACAUGUAGGUAGGAGUAAAGUAACGAUGCAUCGAUAAUAAACAGCGAGUAGCAGCAGUAUUAAAAACAAAAGGGGGGGGUGUCAAUGCAAAUAGUCCGGGUGGCAAUCUGAUUAAUUGUUCAGCAGUCUUAUGGCUUGGGGGUAGAAGCUGUUAAGGAGCUCUUUGGUCCUAGACUUAGCGCUCUGGUACCGCUUGCAGUACGGUAGCAGAGAGAACAGUCUUUUACCAUUUUUUGGGCCUUCCUCUGACACUGCCUAGUAUAUUGGUCCUGGAUGGCAGGAAGCUUGGCCCCAGUGAUGUACUGGGCCGUACACACUACCCUCUGUAGCGCCUUACGAUCAGAUGCCGAGCAGUUGCCAUACCAGGCGGUGAUGCAACCGAUCAGGAUGCUCUCGAUGGUGCAGCUGUAUAACUUUUUGAGGAUCUGGGGACCCUUGCCAAAUGUUUUCAGUCUCCUGAGGGGGAAAAGGUGUUGUCGUGCCCUCUUCACGACUGUCUUGGUGUGUUUGGACCAUGAUAGUUCGUUUGUUAUGUGGACACCAAGGAAAUUGAAACUCUCGACCCGCUCCACUACAGCCCUGUCGAUGUUAAUGGGGACCUGUUCGGCCCGCCUUUUCCUAUAGUCCACGAUCAGCUCCUUUGUCUUGCUCACAUUGAGGGAGAGGUUGUUGUCCUGGCACCACACUGCCAGGUCUCUGACCUCCUCCCUAUAGGCUGUCUCAUCGUUGUCGGUGAUCAGGCCUACCACUGUUGUGUCGUCAGUAAACUUAAUGAUGGUGUUGGAGUCGUGUUUGGCCAAGCAGUCGUGGGUGAACAGGGAGUACAGGAGGGGACUAAGCAUGCACCCCUAAAGGGCCCCAGUGUUGAGGAUCAGCGUGGCAGAUGUGUUGUUACCUACCCUACCACCUGGGGGUGGCCCGUCAGGAAGUCCAGGAUCCAGUUGCAGAGGGAGGUGUUUAGUCCCAGGAUCCUUAGCUUAGUGAUGAGCUUUGUGGGCACUAUGGUGUUGAACGCUGAGCUGUAGUCAAUGAACAGUAUUCUCACAUAGGUGUUCCUUUUGUCCUAGUGGGAAAGGGUGGUGUGGAGUGCGAUUGAGAAGACAUCACAGAAGACUGAAAUAUAACACAACUGUUUGACAUAGAAACACCAGAUUUUUGUCUGGUUUUUAAGAAUCUUUCAUUAUUAUUAUAUUAAGAACGUUCCGCCCAUGAGGCCAAAGAGUGUGCUUUUGGUCAUCGACUGCACAAAAGGGCUACAAUAGAGCCCAUAAUGCGCAAUCCCGUCUUCUGAAAAUUGAACUGUAAGUUUGCUCCCUCAAACUGUUUCUUUGCAAGCGCAACAUGUCGCAAUCUUUCUUCUAACUACGUGUUCGUUACGAUAGAUCACCUGGACGAUCUCGGGUGUUUUUUUUCUAGGCGAUUAAAGGCAAGAUUAAUUCAAUGGUGUUGCACUGCACUACUGACAAUGAUGUGGGUGUCUGCUCAUUCGUGUCGUUGUUUGUGAGUUUGUACAUUGUGUGUUUGGCUUCCUGCAGCAUCGGUUCAUUAAGGCUGCUAAGCCCAGCAGCAUCCUCAGAGCUCUGAUCACAGAUGCCAUGGAGAUCAAACUGAAGAAAGUGGAGGCCGAGCAGAGCGAACAGGACCAAGAGGACGAAGACAACUCGGUACACACACACACCACUAACGCUUAGGCCUAAUUCAUAGUUGGCAGCUGCAGGGCCGCAACAGACCGCGAGCCCAUUAUCAUCUAUUUAUGAGGCUCAUUUAAUUGGCUUUUAUUAACACGAAGACCUACGUCACAACAGACUAUAAACACCAGGACCCUACCACUUUAUUUCAUAAGCUGAGGGGAAAUGUUGCUACUCUCGAACACUGUAGGCCUUUUCAUAGACAGGACUAUGCAUGCAGGACUGACAAUCCAUGAGAUUGACAUGCAUCGAAUUUUUAAGCACAUUUUGGAGCUAUACAUUGUUUGCAAAUUACAAUGGAGUAAUACAACAUUAGAUUUUGGGUUAAGCUCAAAAGGCAUGUGUAAGUUUUAUAUUAUUCUAUAACAAAUGCAGUUAAAUAUCAUUGAUUGAAAUGACCUGCAGAACAUUUUAGCUUGUGCCUCGUUGGCAUGCUGCUAUUGCUCUGCCCUGAUAUUACACACUUGAAACAUCAGACUGCCACUAUUCAAUAUAACCUACCAACUGGUGGUCCUCUGUAGCUCAAUUGGUAGAGCAUGGCGCUUGUAACGCCAGGGUAGUGGGUUCGAUCCCCGGGACCACCCAUACGUAAAAAUGUAUGCACACAUGACUGUAAGUCGCUUUGGAUAAAAGUGUCUGCUAAAUGGCUUAUUAUUAUUAUUAUUAUUAUUAUUAUUAUUAUUAUUAUUAUUAUGAUCCAUCACAGGAUUUUUCCAAAUCACAGUGUCACAUAUAUUUCCAUGUAACUUUGUGUGAGUGACUGUGUCGUACAGUUGCACAGUCGUGACCGAAUACGUUGUUUUUCCCAAUCAGGACGAAGACGAGGUGGACCAGGGCACGAUGGUGAGAGCGGGCAUGGGUGACAUGGGCACCAUCCGGGAGGCGGGCUCGUUAGGGGACACAGCGAGGACCAUGAUAGAGUACAGCGACACGGACACCAUGGUGUCUCAGCUGGGCACCAUGGUGAUCAACUCGGACGAUGAUGAGGAGGCCGGCACCAUGAAACGUAAGUGACAGACGCCCCAAUGUCAUAGUAGAUUUAUAAUACUCUUGUUUGAGUUGCGUUGCAGUCCAGUGUGAAAGGGAAUGUCAUGUCUAGCCAUUACGUGAUCACUGCAGACUUUUGGUAUUGAAAGAUACCAAAAGAAAGAGUUGUGACAUUGUUUUGUUUAAUGCUAUGACAAGGUCUCAUUAAUCUAUCACAGUGUGGUGCAUUCUGCAUCCCAAGCUUCAAAUUGGCACAUUGAACCCCUCUCAUCUCCCCUGCAACUUGUUGUAAAUGAGAAUGUGUUCUCAACUUACCUUUUAAAAUAAGUAAAUGCAAAACAAAAAAUAAGGUUAAAUUAACUAAUAAAACAAAGUUAAUUCUCUAGAAUUUAAAAGUGCUAUAAGCGAGUCCAGAUGCAAUCAGUUUAGGGUUGUCCAUCCUAUUUCAUGCUUCCGUUUGAAACCACUGUCCUGCAUACAGUGAGAUUGUGGUAACGUCAUUGGGCUUGGAGCCACACAGUGAACCAGUGGACCCUGUGGCCCUCCAGGACCCUUCAGUGGCUGCCUGAUUUAGCGGCUGUCUCUCCAAGGCCCACUAGAUGGCAUAGGUAUUUCACUAGGCUGAAGGGGACAUUGUUUCCCACAUUGUAUAGUGCUGGUUGCUGCUCAGAUGACCACCAGAGGUGGGAAGUUCCAGAGAAUAUAGAGGGUUUAGUAAAAGGUUUAUGUAAUCUGACAUUUUGCCAUUAGUUGUCAUCUGGAGAAUGCCAAGCAGGGGUAGAAUUGGGAGUGAAUGAAUGUGAAUGGAGUUCCCAAAGAGAGAAUCUCAUGGGUUAUAUUAUGAUAUGUGAAAUAUGUUUUUGUCCACAAUGUCCAAACUCAAUGCCUGGUGAUUGGACAAUGGUGAGUUCCCUGAGUGAUAGUUUAUUUUUUCAAUUCCACUCCUGAUUUACGUUAUUUUUUUGGGAUGUAUUAAACAUACGACUAUCUUUCAAAGCUGCAAUAUGUAAAGGUUUGGGCGACCUGACAAUUCACAUAGAAUUGUGAGCUAUAGAUCUGUCAAUCUAAUUGAAAGCAAGUCUAAGAAGCAGUAGAUCUGUUCUAUGUGCGCUAUUUCUAUGUUUCCCGUUUUAAGUUUUGUUUUUGCAUCUUUUACUUUCGGUUCUGUACACCAGCUUCAAAAAGCUGAAAAUACAAUAUUUUUGGUUAUGGAAAAUAUGUUUCACAGAGGUUUAGAUGGUACAAUGAUUCUCUACACUACCUGCUUUUGUCACAUAAACUGAAAUUAGGCGAACUAUUAGAAUUUUAGCAACCAGGAAAUGGCGGAGCGAUUUCUGCAUAUUGCAUCAUUAACCUUUCUGUCAGUUUUCCCCUUGAGGACAAAGACUGGUUGAAGUGUGUGGGGGACUUAAAUAAUGAAUGUGUUUUUUCAGGGGCAGUAGUGUGUCUGGAUCUGUUUGUGUCUUUCUCCCAUGAUGCUGCAUACUUAUGUGCAGACAUGAAACAUCCUUUUAAGUCGAUUAUGUUUCAGAUUAAUGGUGUAGGAUGUCAGGUUCAACUAUAUGGGAUUGUAAGAUAUGAGGUUUUAUUUAGAGACAAAACAUUCACCAAUUUGGUUUUGCACUGGCAUGGUAGAAAAUACAGAAACCCAUAGAAAACUGCUAGCUUCUUGGCCAACAGGAUGUCCCUGACCUGGCUUUUCUUUUUUUGACACAUGCUCAGCUCAGCAGAAGACCCUCUGAUGCUGUGUGGCCAGAAAUCAAAUCCCAGGGAUGAGUUCUCCCUGUUUUAACUCAAGCUGGGUUAAAUCAUUUAUAUUUUGUCCAGUGACGAUGUCCCACUGCUGGGCUUUAGUGCUUCCUUGGUAUCUACUUCUGCGUUAAGUCAACUCCGGGGUGGUCUAUCAUCGCAGGCCUAGCGUGCAUUGUGGAAUACUCUGACUUUGUUCCUGGCAGGAGUUUUCCUUCUUUGAUUUUGUGUCCACUGGGGCAAUCUGCAAAAUGCCUCAUGAGCUUAAUUCAACUGUCGUGUCGUACCCCAUGAAAAACAAGCUUAUAUGUACACUAUAGCCUUAAAACAUGGUUAAAACUAUAAUUUUGAUAUCAUAUAUGGUCAGUCCUUGUAUCCAUAGCUCUGUAUGAAUUUGAGUGGUUACAUUUCUCCAGCCCCAUCCCUCAGCUUUUUACCGAAGAGGGACAAGGAGAACACUUUGUUAUCCAGUGUAAUCUAUUGUCCUUCAUGUUAUUUUAUUAAAAAUACAUUGUGUUUAAGUGUCAGUCGGGGAAGGCACAUCUUUCAUGUUACUGUAAGGAACAUCAGAGUAAGCUGCAUCAGGGUGGUUUUCUGAACUAUUAACCUCCAUGUUGACUAUGGCUGCUGACUUCCUCAACUUGCUGGACUGUUUAAACCUUGUGCAAUAUGUUAAUGUCUCCACCCACAACCAUGGACCCACAUUAGACCUCAUUGUCACUGGAGAUGUCCCUGCCUCUGACUUGGAUGUCCUUGAACUUGGCGUAUCUGACCACCAGGCUGUUACAUUGUCUCUGGCUGCUGCCACUGCCCAAAGAGGACCAUUUAAAUUCCGCAACCUAAGGAGUACUACCCCUGAACAUCCUUGCUCUCGAAAGAACACGGAAAGUAACCUAACGCUCCUCUCCCUGGUUCACUGAUGAACUGUGCAGAAUGAAGACUCAUGGCCGUAAGCUUGAGGUGCUGGAGGAAGGAUGUCCUCGCUGUCCAGCUACUGGCCUGCAAAGACCACCAAGCAAGCUACUCUGCUGCCCUAAAAGCAGCAUGAUCAGCCUUCUACUCACCACGAUUGGCAACAACAAAGCUAACCCCAGAACCCUGUUCUCAUCCGCCUUCUCAACCUUGCAAACUCAUUCCCUCCUGCAGCCUCAUCUGAGCAGUGCAAUCGCUUCUGAUAUUUUCAAGAGUAAGAUUGACAACAACAGAACAAACUUCAUGGUCCCCACCUCCUGGGCCAACAACUUAGACUGCCCCUCCCGUCAGCAACUUCACAGAAGUCACAUCCAACGCUGUGCAGUCAACAAGUCACUGCUCACCGGGGAGGUACCAUCACUCUUUAAAACAGCUGCAGUCACCCCCCUACUGAAGAAACCCAACUUUGACCAGGACAUCCUAUCCAAUUACAGGCCCAUCUCCAACCUCUCCUUCCUAUCAAAAGUACUGGUGAAAGUAGUUGCAAACCAGCUUCAAUCCCAUCUGUCUUCCAAUCAGCUGUACAAGGUUUUCCAGUCUGGCUUCCGGCCCUUGCACUGCACCAAAACAGCUCUGGUGAAUGUUACCAACGACCUGCUGAUGGCUGCAGAUUCUGGAUCACCUAGCCUCCUCCUUUAGAUCUCAGUGCUGCUUUUGACACUGUUGACCACAACAUCCUCCUGCGGCGUCUCAGAGAGCACACUAAUUUCUGGAACUGCUCUGGUUCUCCUCCUCCUACCUGUCCAAUAGGAAGUAAUACAUUACGAUUUUCGGAGUCUACGGUCACAUGCGGUGUCCCACAGGGGUCCGUUUAGGGUCCUAUUCUAGUCCUAAUAUACAGUGCCUUCAGAAAGUAGUCAUACCCCUUGACUUAUUCCACAUUUUGUUGUUACAGCCUGAAUUCAAAAUGGAUUAAAUAUGUUUUUUCUCACCCAUCUACACAAAAUACCCCAUAAUGACAAAGUGAAAGCAAGUUUUUAGAAAUGUAUUGAAAAUGAAAUACAGAAAUCUCAUAUACAUAAGUAUUCACACUCCUUUGCUAUGAAGUGCCAAAUUGAGCUCGGGUGCAUCCAUUUUCCUUUGAUCAUCCUUGAGUCACUACAACUUCAUUGGAGUCCACCUGUGGCCAAUUCAAUUGUUUGGAAAUUAUUUAGAAAGAAAUACGCCUGUCUAUAUAAGGUUGACAGUGCAUAUCAGAGCAGAAACUAUACCAUGAAGUCCAAGGAACUGUCCGUAGAUCUCCGAGAUAUAAUUGUGAUGAGGCAUAUAGCUGGGGAAGGGUAUAAAACAAUUUCUAGAGUGUUGAAAGUUUCCAAGAGCACAGUGGUCUCGAUCAUUGAGAAAUGCAAAAAACAUGGAACUACCUAGACUGCCUAGAGCUGGCUGUCCGACCAAACUGAGCAACCGGGCAUGAAGGACCUUGGUCAGGGAGGUGACCAAGAACCCAAUGACCACUCUGAACUACAUAGUUCCUUGGUUGAGAUGGGAAAAUGUGCCAGAAGAACAACGGUCUCUGCAGCACUUCACCAAUCUGAGUUUUAUUGGAGAGUGGCCAAACGCCUGGAGUUUUGCAAAAAGGCAUGCGAAAGACUCUGCGCAUAAGGCAAAAUAUUCUGUGGUCUGAUGAGACAAAAAUGUAACUAUUUUGCCUGAAUGCUAAGCACUAUGUCUGGGGGGUGAAAAAACAGGCACAGCUCAUCAUGCGUCUUAACAUCAUCCCUACCGUGAAGCAUGGUGGUGGCAGCAUCAUGCUAUGGGGAUGCUUUUCAGUGGCAGGGACUGGGAGACUGGUAAGGAUAGAGGGAACAAUGAAUAGAGCCAAAUACAGGCAAAUUCUUGAUGAGAAGCUGCUUUAGAGUUCAUACGACCUUAGACUGGGGGCGAAGAUUUACGUUCCAACAAGACAAUGAUCCCAAGCAUACAGCCAAAGCAACGCUAUAAUGGCUUCGGAACAAGAAUGUGGAAGUCCUUGAGUGACCCAGCCAAAGCCCAGACUUGACUCCCAUUUUUGAAAAUCUGUGAAAAGACUUGAAGAUUGCAAUUCACCGCCUCUCCCCAUCUAACUUAACAGAGCUUGAGAACAUUUGCAAGAAAGAAUGGGAGAAAAUCCCCAAAUCCAGAUGUGUGAAGCUGGUGCAGACAUGCCCAAAAUGACUCAAUGCUGUAAUCGCUGCCAAAGAUGCUUCUACAAGGUAUUGACUCAGGGGUGUGAAUACUUAUAGAAAAUGAAAUGUGUUAUUAUUGUAAGAGACCAGGGAGACGAUAAGGAAAUGGCAGAAUAAUUUAGCAUCCUGUGAAUUAAUAUUAAGCCAAGUCUGCUUGGAGGGGCUUGGUGGUACAGGCAGCAUAUUGUCAUAGGUCAUAGAACACACUCUUGAAGGGAUUACUUUUUCUUUACACUAGGCAUAGCAUUUAAUUAAAUUUAUUUUUCUUCUGCAAACUGGUGUUUGUAUUCCUCUGGGUUUUGACUGUCAUGGAAUGAGUAACACCAUCUUACUCUCUUCAAAAUGUCUCUUUUAAACACCAGUAUCUUCCCUUUCAGGUCCAUGGGGAUUCAAACCAUUUGAAUGCAAAUUCAAUGUUUGGUUGCAUGAAAACUGCCCCGUAUAUCUAUAGAAUACUAGGUGACACUUUACUUGACACCCAGCGUCAUAACACGUUAUGACACGGUCAUAAUAUGUCAUGACCCAUAUUUACACCUGUUGUGACAUAUUGCUUUAUUUCAUGGCUGGAAUGUAAUCAGACCCCUUGACUUUUUGCACAUUUUGUUACGUUACAGCUUUAUUCUAAAAUUGAUUAAAUUGUUUUUUCCUCCCUCAUCAAUCUACACACACUACCCCAUAAUGACAAAGCAAAAACUGGUUUUUAGACAUUUUUGGUAAUUUGUCAGGCCAUUGGUAAAAAUAGAAAAGAGUAGAGGGCCUAGAGAGCUGCCCUGUGGUACACCACACUUUACAUGUUUGACAUUAGAGAAGCUUCCAUUAAAUAACCAUUUGAGCUCUAUUAGAUAGAUAGCUCUGAAUCCACGAAAUGGCAGAGGUUGAAGAACCAUAACACAAGUUUUUUCAACAACCGGUUAUGGUCAAUAAUGUCAAAGGCUGCACUGAAAUCUAACAGUACAGCUCCCACAAUCUUCUUAUCAUCAAUUUCUUUCAACCAAUCAGUCAUUUGUGUCAGUGCAGUACAUGUUGAAUGCCCUUCCCUAUAAGCAUGUUGAAAGUAUGUUGUUAAUUUGUUUACAGAGAAAUAGCAUUAUAUUUGGCCAUUUAUUCCAACAGUUUGCUAAGAGCUGGCAGCAAGCUUAUAGGUCUGUUAGAACCAGUAAUGGCUGCUUUACCAUUCUUGGGUAGCGGAAUUGCUUUGGCUUCCCUCCAGGCCUGAGGACAAAGACUUUCCUCUCGGCUCAGAUUAAAUAUAUGACAGAUAGGAGUGGCUAUAGAGUCAGCUACCAUCCUCAGUAGCUUUCCAUCUAAGUUGUCAAUGCCAGGAGGUUUGUCAUUGUCUAUGGGACUCCUGAUCACGGCCGGUUGUGAUACAGCCCGGGAUCGAACCCGGGUCUGUAGUGAUGCCUCUAGCACUGUGAUGCCACUCGGGGGGGCCCUGAAAGUUUGUUUCUUAAAUCCUUUGUUGUUGUAAUUAAUUAUUUGCAGUCAUGUUUUAAAACACAUCUGAUUUUAAAUAAUUUGUAGAAAAUACACUUUGACACUGUCAAGAAGCAUUAUGACCAUCAUAAUCAUAUACUGAACAAAAAUAUAAAUGCAACAUGUAAAGUGUUGGUUUCAUGAGCGGAAAUAAAAGAUCUAAGACAUUUUCCAUAUGCACAAAAAGCUUAUUUCUCUCAGAUUUUGUGCACAAAUUUGUUUACAUCCCUCAUAGUGAGCAUUUCUCCUUUGCCAAGAUAAUCCAUCCACCUGACAGGUGUGGCAUAUCAAGAAGCUGAUUAAACAGCAUGAUCAUUACACAGGUGCACCUUGUGCUGGGGACAAAAAAUGUGCAGCUUUGUCUCACAACACAAUGCCACAGAUGUUUUGAGGGAGCGUGCAAUUGUCAUGCUGACUGCAGGAAUGUCCACCAGAGCAGUUGCCAGAGAAUUGAAUGUUAAUUUCUCUACCAUAAGCCGCCGCCUCCAACGUCAUUUUUAGAGAAUUUGGCAGUACGUCCAACCGGCCUCGCAACCGCAGACCACGUGUAACCACGCCAGCCCAGGACCUCCACAUCUGUCGUCUUCACCUGUGGGAUCGUCUGAGACCAGCCCCAGCUGGACAGCUGAUGAAACUGAGGAGUAUUUCUUAAUGUAAUAUAGCGUUCUUGUGAGGAAAAACUCAUUCUGAUUGGCUGGGCCUGACUCCCCAGUGGGUGGGCCUAUGCCCACCAUGGUUGCGCCGGUCAGUGAAAUCCUUAGAUUAGAGCCUAAUGAAUUUAUUUCAAUUGACUGAUUUCCUUAUAUGAACUGUAACUCAGUGAAAUUGUUAAAAUUGUUGCAUGUUGUGUUUAUUUUUGUUCAGUAUAUAAGCCAGAUAGGCCUAUCACGUACAGUGAGGGAAAAAAGUAUUUGAUCCCCUGCUGAUUUUGUACGUUUGCCCACUGACAAAGACAUGAUCAGUCUAUAAUUUUAAUGGUAGGUUUAUUUGAACAGUGAGAGACAGAAUAACAACAACAAAAAAUCCAGAAAAAAACGCAUGUAAGAAAUGUUAUAAAUUGAUUUGCAUUUUAAUGAGGGAAAUAAGUAUUUGACCCCUCUGCAAAACAUGACUUAGUACUUGGUGGCAAAACCCUUGUUGGCAAUCAGAGGUCAGAUGUUUCUUGUAGUUGGCCACCAGGUUUGCACACAUCUCAGGAGGGAUUUUGUCCCACUCCUCUUUGCAGAUCUUCUCCAAGUCAUUAAGGUUUCGAGGCUGACGUUUGGCAACUCGAACCUUCAGCUCCCUCCACAGAUUUUCUAUGGGAUUAAGGUCUGGAGACUGGCUAGGCCACUCCAGGACCUUAAUGCGCUUCUUCUUGAGCCACUCCUUUGUUACCUUGGCUGUGUGUUUUGGGUCAUUGUCAUGCUGGAAUACCCAUCCACGACCCAUUUUCAAUGCCCUGGCUGAGGGAAGGAGGUUCUCACCCAAGAUUUGACGGUACAUGGCCCAGUCCAUCGUCCCUUUGAUGCGGUGAAGUUGUCCUGUCCCCUUAGCAGAAAAACACCCCCAAAGCAUCAUGUUUCCACCUCCAUGUUUGACGGUGGGGAUGGUGUUCUUGGUGUCAUAGGCAGCAUUCCUCCUCCUCCAAACACGGCGAGUUGAGUUGAUUCCAAAGAGCUCAAUUUUGGUCUCAUCUGACCACAACACUUUCACCCAGUUCUCCUCUGAAUCAUUCAGAUGUUCAUUGGCAAACUUCAGACAGGCCUGUAUAUGUGCUUUCUUAAGCAGGGGGAUCUUGCGGGCGCUGCAGGAUUUCAGUCCUUCACGGCGUAGUGUGUUACCAAUUGUUUUCUUGGGUGACUAUGGUCCGAGCUGCCUUGAUCAUUGACAAGAUCCUCCCGUGUAGUUCUGGGCUGAUUCCUCACUGUUCUCAUGAUCUAUGCAACUCCACGAGGUGAGAUCUUGCAUGGAGCCCCAGGCCGAGGGAGAUUGACAGUUAUUUUGUGUUUCUUCCAUUUGCAAAUAAUUGCACCAACUGUUGUCACCUUCUCACCAAGCUGCUUGGCGAUGGUCUUGUAGCCCAUUCCAGCCUUGUGUAGGUCUACAAUCUUGUCCUUGACAUCCUAGGAGAGCUCUUUGGUCUUGGCCAUGGUGGAGAGUUUGGCAUCUGAUUGAUUGCUUCUGUGGACAGGUGUCUUUUUAUACAGGUAACAAGCUGAGAUUAGGAGCACUCCCUUUAAGAGUGUGCUCCUAAUCUCAGCUCGUUAACUGUAUAAAAGAAACCUGGGAGCCAGAAAUCUUUCUGAUUGAGAGGUGGUCAAAUACUUAUUUUCCUCAUUAAAAUGCAAAUCAAUUUAUAACAUUCUUGACAUGCAUUUUUCUUGAUUUUUUUGUUGUUAUUCUGUCUCUCACUGUUCAAAUAAACCUAACAUUAAAAUUAUAGACUGAUCAUUUCUUUGUCAGUGGCCAAACGUACAAAAUCAGCAGGGGAUCAAAUACUUUUUUCUCUCACUGUACUUAUGUCAGUCAUCUGUCAAAAAUAUGGUGUCUUGUCCUGCACCUGAAAUGUGCUCCUGCAUUCAUUCCAGUCAUCAGAAACAGAGCAUGUCUGACAUCAAUCUGUGUGCAAUUACAAUGAGUAUUUAAUAUGGUCAAUUUCAGAGAAUGUUAUAUAACAUAAACAUACUGUUGACAAGUAGACUAUAGUGUAAUGGAAUGUUUUGCCUUGUGUGGUAGGUUUUGUGGGUUUUGACACUCUUAUGUAGGUGUCAUAACCAGCCAUAAAAUAAUGCAAUAUAUGUCACAACCGGUCUAAAUAUGUCAUGAGUGUUAUGACCAUAUUUAAUGACAAGUUAUGUCAGCUGUUAUGUCAUAUGACAUGGUUAUAACCAUUUCAUAACGUGUUAUGAUGCUGGGUGUCAAGUAAAGUGUUACCGAAUUCUACAGUGCCUUCAAAAUAUUCGUACCCCUUUUACUUAUUCCACAUUUUGUUGUUACAGCCUGAAUUCAGAAUGAAUUCAAUAGAUUUUUUUUUGCUCACCCAUCUACACACAAUGCCCCAUAAUGACAAAGUGAACAUGUGUUUUUAGAAAUGUUUGCAAAUGUAUUGAAAAUGAAAUACAGAAAUAUCUCAUUUAAAAAAGUAUUCACACCCCUGAGUCAAUACUUUGUAGAAGCACCUUUUGAUGGCUGUUACAGCUGUGAGUAUUUCUGGGUAAGUCUCUAAGCGCUUUCCACACCUGGGUUUUACAAUAUUUGCCCAUUUAUUCUUUUGAACAUUAUUCAAGCUCUGUUAAGUUGCUAGACAGCUAUUUUCAAGUCUUGCCAUACAUUUUCACAGGGGCGCAACUUUGGUUUUAGGAGUGGGGUGGGGGGGUAGAUCAGCUUUAAUAUUGCAGAUUGUGGCUUCCAUCAAUAUAAUUUCCUGCCUCAGUUCUAAUCCCCCAUAUAUUUUUUUGCAAAUAUAUAUUUUUAAUACAUUUUCCUUUUAUUUUCCCCUAACCCACUCUUAAAAGGUAGGCUAUAAAAAUAGCUCAAGAGAAAGUGCAAGUCUCCAACUCUGCUCUCUUCAAACUACAUCUAGCAUAUUGGCUGAUAUAGCCCAGUAUUUCAGUGUAAGGGCCUUGUGAGAUUCUGGUAAUUUAACCUAUUUCGUAAGAUAUUUUUGUGCAUUUCCUAUAGGGCGUAAAAUGGCUGGGACCAUGGCUGGCAAGUGAGCUGCGUCACAUACGCCUAAAAUAAUAUUGCGGGACUGCGGUUGGGUUUGGGACCAGUUCUUGCGGUAGCGGGUGGGAGUCAGACAGAAAGCCAGCGGGUGUGGGAUGAAUAAAUCGGUGUCGCGCAGACCUCUACUGUGCACCAUAACAGUGAAGCCUGUAACGUUAGAGCUGUUUAUUACUGACUGUGUCAGUGUGAAAAGUAGAGUUAGCUAGGGAAACUGACAGAUCAAUAAAGUUACAUUGCCAUACUGACUAAUACAACUCACAUUGCACUGAAAAAACAUCAGAAUAUAAAUCUUCAAUCAUUUGGCCGAUGGUUUCAUCGUUUGAUUCAGGUGUAGUUUGAUUGAGGCAAAAAUAAUAGCUAAUGUAAGCCAACUUUUGGCCAGCUCUCUUUCUAACGGUACAUCAACUGGCAAAAGCUUGCCAAGUUCAUUUACUUCUGAAACAGGACAAAACAAAGGCUACAAAACAUUUCCAUACAAACAACUGCUGUUAGAUAGUAAUAAUAGCCAUAUCGCUGACAGAUAACUAGAGGCUAGAGCUGACCUGGCUGUGGUAGCUACUCACUAGCGUAGCUUAUUCAUUCUCCUCAGUCGAGAAGGGACGAAACAUUAGCUAACGUUACAUGUCAGUUACAAUACUAGCUCAGCACUGCGAAUAAACACUAGUUUCGUGGGUUUUCUGUUAAGUUAAACAGCAGUUACCUUGCCAGUCAACUAAAGAGUUGCCAGUUUCUGUAUUGCUACCUUUUACAACUCUGUGAAAGAGGGCAACACGUACACACUGAACCAUGCUCAACUCUGUGCUGGUCCAGCCAGCCUUCCAGAAGCUUUGCCUUCAAACAGCCUGUCAGCCUGCUCUGUGGUGUCCGCACGGUCCUAAAUCCAGUCGUUUAAACACUCCAAACAGCCUACCCGACCGCUCGGAGUAACUACAAUGUUGUUGAUCCAUCCUCAGUUUUCUAUUAUCAGGAUAAUUAAACUCGGUAACUGUAUUAAAAUCACCAUUGGGCUCAUGGUGAAAUCCCUGAAUGGUUUCCUUUCUCUCCGGCAACUGAGUUAAGAAGGACGCCUGUAUAUUUGUAGUGACUGGGUGCAUUGAUACACCAUCCAAAGUGUAAUUAAUAACUUCACCAUGCUCAAAGGUAUAUUCAUCGUCUGCUUUUUGUAUUUUUGCGAGGCUUUGGAAAAACCUCCCUGGUCUUUGUGAUUGAAUCUGUGCUGGAAAUUUGCUACUCGAUUGAGGGACCGUACAAUUAUCUGUAUGUGUGGGGUACAGAGAUGGGGUAGUCAUUCAAAAAUCAUCUUAACCACUAUUAAUGAACACGGAAUGAGUCCAUGCAAUUUAUGUGACUUGUUAAGCACAUUUUUACUCCUGAACUUAUUUAGGCCUACCAUAACAAAGGGGUUGAAUACUUAUUAACUUAAGACAUUUCAGCUUUUAAUUUUUUAUUAAUUUCAAAAAAUGUCUACAAACAUAAUUCCAGUUUGACGUUAUGGGGUGUUGUGUGUGUGUGUGUGUGUGUGUGUGUGUGUAGAUCAGUGACACAAAAUCUCAAUUUAAUCAAUUUUAAUGUGUAAAAAGUAAAGGGGUGUGAAUACUUUCUGAAGGCACUGUAACUUAUGAAAGUUAACUGUUGUCUUGAACGUUGGACACUGACACUGCUUUUUCGGUGCAGGCCUAGGGAGAGAUGAGACCAUGCAGCCCGCCAAGCCGUCCUUCCUGGAGUACUUUGAGCAGAAGGAGAAGGAGGCCAACUGUCACAACAACAGUGGAGGAGACCCAGAACACAAUGCUGACAACCGCAAACUGCCUGCAGAGGGAGACCUAGAACUGGUAAGUAAAGAAAGUGACAUGCCUCUAGUAAACCGUUCUACUAUCAUUGUUUUAACCUAUGCGGCUGUCUGCUUCAAAACAAACUACAAUGUAAUGAAAUCAUUGCAAGUUGUGAUAUGCUUAGCGGACAACUAAGUAUUAUUGCCAUUUCUUCCAAUUAACUGAAUCCCCUGAUGAGCUAGAAUUUAGAUUUUACUCCAAUGAAUUACAAUUAACCUUAUGGGCCGGUUUCUCAUCACACAGAUUAAGUCUAGGCUAUACUCUAUGAAAGUGAAGCAUUCCUACGUCAUACUUCCAGGUCGUGUCCCAUAA